AUGAAGACCAAGAGCCGGCCUCCCCGGCGCCGGGUGCCCCCGCAAGACCCAGAAGCCACCCCAGGGGAGCGGACGCCCGACAGGCCACCGCCGGGCUCGGGGCCAGACGCAGCCAAGGCUCUGCGGAGCCGGAGGGCGCGCGCGCAGGGGGCGCGGGCAGAGGGCGGGCGCCGGCGGCCGGGGCCAGGGAGCCGGCGGGAGAGCAGCGUCCAGCGGCGGCUGGAGAGCAACGAGCGCGAGCGGCAGCGCAUGCACAAGCUCAACAACGCCUUCCAGGCGCUGCGCGAGGUCAUCCCGCACGUGCGCGCCGACAAGAAGCUCUCCAAGAUCGAGACGCUCACGCUGGCCAAGAACUACAUCAAGUCGCUGACCGCCACCAUCCUGACGAUGUCCAGCGGCCGCCUCCCGGGCCUGGACGGGCCAGUCCCCAAGCUCUACCAGCACUACCAGCAGCCGCAGCAGGCGGCCCGGGGCGCGCUCGGGGCCUCCGAGGCCCCGCCCGAGGGCCACCUGCAGAAGUUCUCCACGCAGAUCCACAGCUUCCGCGAGGGCUCCUAG